AUGGAAGAUGUCACAAUUGACAUUGGAAGGCAUCUGAACGCUCGUAAUUUGAAGAGCAUGGGGGUGAUUGAGCAAGUUAGGGUGAAACCCUCGUUAGAUACCUCCUGGGAAGCACUCAAGGAUCAGAGGAAGAUUCCAAAUGACCUCUACCUCUUCUCCAAGAUUGAUCCUCUAGAGGUUGUGGCACACUAUCUGAAGGAUCUCGCAAGCCAAGGAGUAGACAUCUCAGAGUUCUCUGUGGAUUGGCUGCCUGAGCAUCCACCAAACUUCAUAAAGAGACAACGAGAACCUUCUGAGAAGUCAAAGAAGGCCAAGAAAGCAAAACUAGGGGAAACUUCUGCGUCCAUACCUCCGGUCCCUCUGAUCGAAUCACCAAGUAAGUCUUUGCCUCCUCACUCUCGCUCUGUUAAUUUAAAGCAAAUUUCUUCUUCUCUUCCCCAAACAACUCCUAUCUACACUCAAUCUGAACCCCAACCCUCUACCACCAAACCCUCUAAAACUCUAACCCUUAACCCACCAUCACCUCCGUUUCAAAAGUUUAACCUCUCCACCACAACCCUACCAAUUUCUGAAGCUGAAAUGCUUAACGAAUCUAUCUCACCUAUCUCCUCCACACCUUCAUCUACACCCUACUACAUCUUAUCAUUUGAUUCAGAACCCUCUGACCCUCAAUCCCCCACACUGGCUCAGCUUCAGGCUCAAGCUAACACUCCACCACCUGAACAACCAAUUCCACCACCAUCCGAACAACCCACCAUACCACCCUCUGAUACUCCCAUCAUACCACUCUAUGAAAACAUUAUCAUCCCUACCUCUCUGACUCCCGCUGGCACCAACCAAACACCACCAACAUCCCCAUCCCCUGACACUGAACCAGAAACUACCUUCCCCACCCUAGAAGAAGCAAUCUCUUUAUUUGAUGAGUCUUUAGUGGAAAAGAUCAAAUCUCUAUUUGUAAACUCUAAUAUCAGUGAUGAUCCCUCUGUAGUGAGGAUUCACUGGAAUAGAGUGAUCAGAUGGAUGACCUCUGAAUCUUUCAAACUGAAAGGCCUCUCUGAACAAGUCCGCAACGACUUUAUCAAAGAUGAUAGAGAAAAGCUACAUGCAUGGUUGGUCAGAGAGGCAGAGGAAAAUGCCAGAAGAGAAGCAGAAGAGAAAGCUCAUCUGGAAGAAGAGCAACAGGUCCGAGAAGCUGUUGUUGCUGCUGAAGCUGAAGCAAAAGUAAAAGCUGACGCUAAAGAGGCAGCAUGCAUAACUGCGGAAGAAGCUGCCAAGACUAGCAAUGAUGCUCUGGCUCAGAGGGAGUAA